GUCGAAAUGUGAACAAUUAUCCAGAGAAAUAUUUAGAAUCUUUGAAAAAACUGUUGUCCAAUAUGAGGAGAAGGUCGAUCGCCAGCGCAGACAGCUGGAUAUCAUCUGGAAACCCAAAAUGAAGUUACACUCAAUGGCAACAGUGACAAUCCUGAUCAACUAAAAGUGGAAAGCUGCUGUCUCAAUAUUUUGUUGACUGAUCUUUGUGAGGAGGAGUGCCAGAACUGAAGUGUCACUCAGUCUGGUGCUCCCAAAUAAGCUCACACAGCAACACGUCUGUAUGGAGGAAGAGGUUCUCACUGAGCAACAAUUCUGCAAUCAGCAAAUGAACCCCAAUCUGGACCACGAGGACUCAAAGCCCCCAUGGAUUAAAGAGGAACAGGAAGACAUCUGCACCAGUGUUUUCCAGGAGGACACAGAGCCUCUGCAGAUUAAAAAGGAACAGGAGGAACUCUGCACCAGUGUUGACAUGGAAGACUCAGAUCCUUCAGCAACUAAAGAAGAACAGGAGGAACUCUGCACCAGUAUUGACCAGGAGGAGCCAGAACUUCCACAGAUUAAAGAGGAACAGGAUGAAGUCUGUACCAGUCAGGAGAGAGAGCAGCUUGUACUGAAGCAAGAGAUUGAUAUCUUUGUUGUGAGUCCUGCUUAUGAGGAAAGUGACCACAGUGAGCCAGAACCAAACAGUGACCAGUUCCUCUCUCACAACUCUCCUGUCACAUUGAAGCAAAAGAAGAGAAACGGCAGUCAUAGUAACAAUGUAGACAACUCUCCAGUGUCAGAGAGUCAGUGUGAUACUGACACGGGGAAAAAGUCUGUAAAAUGUGGUAUUUGUGGAAAGACCUUUAAGUUUAUGUGCUAUUUAAAGAAACAUUAUCUUAGUCACACAGGUGAGAAGCCGUACACUUGCGAAACUUGUGGGACAUGUUUUAGUCAAAGUGGUAGUUUAAAACUCCACAUGAUCACGCACACUGGUGAGAAACCGUAUCCAUGCGAAAUAUGUGGGAAAAAUUUCACUUUAAGUCGUAGUUUGAAAAUCCACAUGAGACUGCACACAGGUGAGAAGCCAUAUCCUUGUGAAACAUGUGGGAAAAGUUUCACCUUAAGUCAUGGUUUAAAGAACCAUAUGAGAAUCCACACAGGCGAGAAGCCAUAUGCCUGUGAAAUAUGUGGGAAAAGUUUCAAUUAUAGUGCUUACCUGAAAGUCCACAUGACAUCGCACACAGGUGAGAAGCCAUACAGCUGUACCUUCUGUGAAAAAAGAUUUUGUUACCCAUCAGCACUUAGAAAACACAUUAGAAUACACACAGGUGAGAGACCGUAGUCCUGAGGAGAAAAGUCUUAGGAAAAGUAUUAUUUUGUUGCGCCACAUGAAAACUCAUACAGAUAAAAAGUCGCAGUCCUGAGGCAUUUUUGGGAAUCAAGCUUAAAACAACUUGUACGAAUUGGUCAUAUUUUUAAAAAAAAUCAUGUUUCAGAUUAAAAGCAUUUUCAGACUGUG